GGCGGAUGUCGGGCUCGCGCUGUGACAACGCGAAGGGUUUGAAUGUGAGAGGCGGCUCCUGUGAACUUCCAGCUUUUGACAACAGGACGUGUGAAUGCUGCCUGUCGGUACCGCCAAGAUGGAGACCCGCAGAAGACGUAGGAAGUCCGCACACUUGGAGAAAAGGAGGAGCACCUUUAAAGAGCCAUGCUGGCUCCAGGAGCCAGACAUUUAUCAAGGACCACUAGAGAAAAGGCUAUGCAGAGAUUGGAGAGACAUCACAGGACAUCCAGAGAACAUGGAGAGGAAAUCGUCGGCAAGAGAUGCGCGGCAGAGGAGGGUACUCGCUCCCUCACAUCAGUUAAAUGUUCGUCCAGGUUGGCAAGAGAACAGUGAAUGGAAGAGGACGGUGUGUCACAGGAGUCCAGGGGCACAAGUUAAAGUAGCAACAGUUAUUAAAACCUCUCUGAAAACCUGUACCUCUCCAAAACCUGCCCCUAGAAAAAGAAGGAAGAUUCACCCCUCUGGAUUUAGGGGCAAAGGUCAGCUGAAACUGACAGUAACACCAGACAAUGAUCUGCUACAUAUUCGGAUUCUAGAAGCUAGGGGUCUGCUGGGACGGGAGUGUAGGCCAUGUGACUCGUAUGUCAAGAUAGCUCUGGUUCCAGAUGUUGACCACAGUAGAAGGCAAAAGACCAGAACUGUCAUCAAUUGCAAGAGUCCUGUCUUUAAUGAGUCCUUUGUUGUAGAUGUGGGUGAGGAGAAGCAAGUGAAAAGACUAUUGGUGACCGCUUGGAAUCGCAGUCGGACCUCUAGCAGGCAGAGUGAGUUCCUGGGCUGUAUGAGUUUUGGUAUUCACUCCCUCAUCACUUCAGCAAAGGAGAUCAGGGGUUGGUAUUAUCUCCUGGGUGAGGAGCUGGGAAGGAACAAACAUCUGCGAGUAGCUACACGUCACAUCAAGCAGUCUGAUGAAGCUGCGCUGACCAAACAUGAUGCUGGACCUGAUAAUUCAUCCCCAGAGAACAUGCAAUCGCUGACCGUUACCAUCUUGCGGGGAAAGGAUGGUUUCGGCUUCACUAUCUGCUCAGACUCACCUGUGCGUGUGCAAGCUGUGGACCCAGGUGGUCCAGCACACCAGGCUGGUUUGCAGCAGUUGGACACAGUCCUUCAGCUGAAUGGCCAACCUGUAGAGCACUGGAAAUGUGUGGACCUGGCACAUGCCAUCAGAAACUGUCGGAACGAGAUCACAGUGGUGGUCUGGAGGACAGUGCCAGUCAUGAAGCCCUAUUAUGAAGGCCUGAUUCACAGGCCCUCAUAUAAAACCUCUGCCUUUGACAGUCUGUCUCCCUCCACCAAGACCCAAAACAAAACACCACCGCUGCUUUCCCGACCUUCCAACCACAAACUAAGCCGACGUAAGAAGGGAAACAGCUCUGAGAGCAGCGGAAAUGGAACCCGGGAGCCGAGAUGGUCAUGGACUGGGAAACGGGAAGAAAAUGACUACAAAACUCGUACGCAGACCCUCAAGGGCACCCGUGUGACAUCAUCAAAUGGUGACAAUUACAUCAUCUUGUCUCCUGUAAAUCCAGGAAACCAGAUAUUGCAACCUGUUUAUCCAGACAGCAAUGGAACACUGGGAACACUUGGGAGAAUUUAUCAGACUCACUCAUCAAGAGGGAUUCAACAGAGCACAGCCUACCUGCAGGACACUGGAGUGGAGGCACAAGCCACAUUACGCAGAUCUCUGAACAGUAAAACAGCUACAAUUCCACCCUCAUCCUAUAGACAGAGCUUUGCCAACUACCAGAACUGCACUCUUGUACAGUCACAUCUUCCCCACUCCAGCUAUGGCACUUACGUCAGCCUUGCCCCCAAGAUCCUCAUCUUCCCUGUAUUUGUCCAGCCAUUGGACCUAUGCAGCCCAGAGAGAACACUAUUGUUAUCUGAAGAGAUGAUUCUUCAUGACAGCACAAACAUAGCACUUAAGGUCACAGUGUUUAUCUACACUGACCUCAUGCUGUUGACUAGAGAGGACGAAUCCAGUCGAUGCAAUGUACUGCAGAGUCCUCUCUACCUCCACCAGAUCCAGCUGCAAGACGUUCCUGCAGAAAAACUACGCCUGUAUGUCUCAUACAGAAUAGAGAGAGCUGAAUGUCUGUUCAGCUUGGAGGCCUUUUCGGCUGAGCAGAAGAGAAGAGUGUACCAGUGUCUGAGAGACAACAUCAACAAGCAGCUCACUAUGGGAGAGAGAAUGGGUCCUGAUCAGGAGAUAAACACGGGAUCAUUAAUGAAGAUGCUGGAGCAAAAGGAUGGCGAUCAGGCUGAUUUGGGAUUGCUGGGCUUCGCAGCACACACUGUUUCAGAACCAUGUUCUCCAUCACAAGGCACCAGCUUACCUCUCGGUGGUCUUACAAGAGCUAGAACCAGUAUUCCCUCUGACUGUGUGUUAUAUCCCAGUGAGUGUGUCCAACCCCCGCCUACACUGGGAGACACCUCUAAAUCUGUACACAUGGAGCCUGCUGCCAUCUGGAAGGAGAGGGUGAAGGAGCCAAAACAAGGUGAACGGGAGCCAGAGUUUGAAAAGAGGGAACAGGGUGAAGGUGAGAGUGCCAGGCCCACUUCAUCUUCCUCCUCGUCACCUCUUAUCAUCCCUAAACUGUGCCUAGAUCGCUCCUUCAAUCCAGAUGCUCUCACUUCACCAUCCACUGAUGAUGAUGAAGACCUCGAGGAGGAGGAGGAAGAAGAGGAUAGUGAUGAAGGCUAUCUAAAGCGGAGGAGCCUGGUGGAGAUGUCACCUGGCAGGGGACAGCAGAGUUCGAGACUGUGUGUGCAGCGCUCAUUGCACCGACGCACACACAGUGAGGGCAGCCUGCUGCAGGAGCCACGCUCACCACGAUUUAUUUCUGACCAGGCCAUACACUGCAUGGAGAACAGCAGAGAAACACAGCAGCGCUGGACUGUCCCCUCACCUCAGACCCUGAGGAAAGAGCUCACAAAGAACAGAGGAUCAGUCCAUCAGAUCUGCCUACUCUUCACUGGUAGAAGGGUCUGUGGGGAGCCAAACUGUAAAUGUCAAAUGGGGAAAAGUGCCAUAAAAAAGAAGAAAUCUAAAAAUCUUGCAAAAGAUAUGAAGGAUCGUCUGACUUUCCUCAGGAAGAAGAACAACAACAGACCCGGAAGCCAUCCUUCCAGCAAGCUUGAGAAAGUCCUUAAAUCAGACAAGCCUUCUCCAGAAGAAGCUCUUAAAUGGGGAGAAUCUUUUGACCUGUUGCUGUCUCACAAAUAUGGACUCGCCGUGUUCCACGCCUUCUUGCAGACGGAGUUCAGUGAGGAGAAUCUGGACUUCUGGCUUGCUUGUGAGGAAUACAGGAAGAUCAAAUCUUUAUCCAAGAUGGCUUCAAGAGCAAAAAAGAUAUUUGAAGUGUAUAUCUCAAUCCAGUCAUCUAAAGAGGUUAAUCUGGACUCUUUCACCAGAGAGCAGACCAAGGAGAACAUGGAGAACAUUGGUGCUGACUGUUUUGACCUAGCUCAAAGACGGAUUUUUGGACUGAUGGAAAAAGACCCAUACCCUCGCUUCCUCAGAUCUGACCUCUACCUGGAUUUAACCCACCAAAAGAGAGUGCUACUGCAGAGCUCUCUUAAAGCUGUUGAUUCUGACUGCUAAGUCUUAACAUCUGUCAGUAGCAUGAGGGAGAUAUGAAGCUUUCCUUAUCAAAUGGAUGUCAAGCAGUAAACAGUGUUUGUUGUUCAGACUUUCUAGCCUGUGUAUGGCACAGUGUGUGUUUGUUUCUCGUGCUGAUAUAAACCCAGUAUGUACCACUGAGGUGUAUUUUGAUUAUAUGCUGACCCCUGUUGGAUGAUGCUGGUAAAAAUGAUGACACAUGGACUUAAAAUGAAAAUGAAAUGUUGAUCUCUAUGGCUGUAUUACAAGCAUCCAAGAGGGUGAAAAGCAUGUUGGAUAAUGAAGCAAAGAAGAAGCUUGGUACUGUUUUGUUGCAAUUUUCAUUAAUCAGUUUUUCAAAAUGACCUAGACACAGAUGGGUGACAAAUGAAGGAAAAAAACAGUCUCUGUCAUGCUGUAGUGGUAUUUUGCUGAUCACCUUUAAUUAUCUUGAAACUUUUCUGUCCUGAUUGGAGUGGUCCUUUAUCCUAUGGCAUAUCACACUAAACAGAUCUUAACCCAGUUGAACAACUUUGGGGAAACACCAAAACACCAACUAAGGCAAUAGCUUUUGGAAAAAAUUAUAUUAACCCCUCCAGCAAAUUAAUUUGAUGAAUUAAUAACUUGAGUUAUUCUGGUGGCCUGUGUUGGGCUAACACAAGUGCCUUUCUAAGAUGCUUUAUUUUGUUUUUUAUCCUUUUUAAUUUGUCACCUGCCUGUACAUCAGAGAGUUUAAACAGAAUCAUAAUCACAUGAUUUCAGUGAUUACAACAGCUGGUUGUUGCAUGUAUGAGAUUUCAGUACAUAAAUAUGAGCUUUGAUAGCAUAGAUUUAAACCUGAGCUUACAAUUCUGUAGGAUUUAUAACAGGUCAGAUGGACUUUGUUAAAUUUCAUACUAAUCGAGUUGUUAAGGGAAGCAAAAACAGGUAAAAGCAGCUUGCUCCUGGCUUAUAAUAUUUCAUGACAAAUGAUUUGUGUAUUCCAGCAGGUUUGAAAUAACAGAUACUGAAGUUUUUCCAUUUGAUGAUUACAAAAGCUUCUUAAGAGCUUUGACCUUAUAUCCAGUGAAGCUAUAAUAAAAAAUAAAUAAAUAAAUCAUGUAACCAGCCAUCUUAGUGGCUUUUUAUGUAGAAAAAAGGAAAGAAAACAAAUGUCACAAGUUCAUGGUAUGUUUAUUAAUUUUGUCAGUAGAUCAGAUUUGUAAACAUUAAAUCUGAUCCAUUGCCAAUGCAGCAUUUCAUACAAGUAUCAGUCUGAAUCAGACACACAAAUUGUGAAUACAUGAUUAGGUAACACAUUUUCAGCACUGUAGGAUUCAUUCCAUGUCUACCUGUUUUCAUUUAAAAGUGCAAUACAUGAGCUCUCCCCACCAGCUGACCUCACAACUGAUAAAUAAAUGGGCACUAAAUAAAUGUUAUGUUCCCAGUGGAUAAAGGUGAUUAUAAGGAGACACGUGAUUUAGUCAUGGUAAAACCUUUUGUUUUGUAAUGUUUCUGCUUCCUGUUUGUAGAGAGGUCUGAUAUUAUUUAAGUAUACAUCUGAGAUGUUAAACAAUAAUAAAACCUCAUAUAUUGUCCCCGUCCCCCCCUUACUCUUUCUCUAGUUGCUAUGGAGUAACUAAGCAUAGAGCAUAUAUUUAGUGCAAACAGAAGUGAUCAAUUCCAUGUUCAUUUAGGGGACAGCGUUUUAACGUUUUAGACUUCUGGGAGAUCUGAGUUAUGUUAAAUUCCUUUUUUUAAUUCAAACUUCUUGCUAUAAAUAUGAUCUUUACUAUAUUUAUUUGUGCACUCACCAUUCACUUACAUGUGCCUGUGAGUGCUUUAAAUUGAGUUUAAUAAAGCUACAUAACUUUACAAAGUUCCUUUGCAUUGUAAAAGUAUUUUACUGGAUCAGGGACAUUUCAUCAAUAAUUUCAUUUUAGUAAGACUUCUUUUUGUUGUCUAUUAAUUAAUGCACUUCAUUUGUCAUACCAUUAGUGGACAGCAGAUGUUUGGCUAAGUGUUAGUCACAUAAGGAAAUAAAAAAUAUUUAUGUGCUAUCACA